AUGGCUUCACUAAUGGACCUCGAUCCGAGCAUGUUCCCGGCCUUUGCGGCUUUUCCAGCGGGACUUCCUCCCAAGGGAGUUACUGCUAACUUUGAAAACCCAUACACAUUGGCCCCUCUGGUGUAUUCGAUGGGUGCGUUGUUUGUGUUUAUCAUGAUGUGCUUUGUUGCUGCGAGAUUCUAUCACAAGGCUGUUCUUAUCAAGAGAUUUACUUGGGACGACUUGACAUGUGUGUUGGCAGCUCUGGGUGUCAUUGAACAGCUUCUUACUGCAUCUAUGAUCUGCCAUUUCGGAGUUGGCACCCAUCAAUGGAACCUCAAAGUUGGCAAUCUUAUAAGAACUGAUUUCCUAAUGUGGGGUACCGCGUUCGUCGUUGGGUCACUACCAACAAUGCUCUUUGCAAAACUCACCUUCUUCAUAUUAUACAUGCAGAUAUUUCGGCCACGCACUCACCUAGUCCGGUGGAUUUGGGGUGGAGCAGCGAUCACAACGGGAUUUUACGUCGCGACAGCCAUCUGCCAGUUUUAUUACUACAUUCCGGGACCGGGACAAACAUGGUUAACAACAAUCAAGAUUGCGCCGAACACACCGUCCUCUACUGUUGGAAUAGUUGCAGCUUGUUUCAAUAUCUUUAGCGACUUUUACUUGUUCUUCAUAGCUACCAUUGGAAUUUGGCAGCUUCAAAUGCCAAAAGAACGAAGACUGGGUAUAAUUGGGAUUUUUUCGACUGGACUGCUAGCUUGUCUGGUCAGUAUUGUUGGGUUGGUUUUCCGGCUUCGAUCAAAAGCUGGUAAGGAUGGCUCUUGGGAGUUGUUGCCCCCUGCCUUACUCUGUAUUAUUGAACUUUCAGUCGGUGUUUCCUGCUCAUGUAUGCCAUCGAUCGGUGGUCUGACGAAGCACUACUCUAAACAAAUAUCCGGACUCGCGGCCUACUUCACAUUUUUACGUAGGAGAACAUACGGGAAAGGUAGCUCUCUUGACGAGAGAAGCGAUGAAUAUAACAGCGCAAGCCGCAAAGGAGGCGCCAGUUACGGAAUACGCGAACCAGAUGCAUGGCGCGAGGAUGCUGAGCUUGCACAAUUGCAACCAGUUCAAAUUUCAGCAUUUGACAAUAGGGAUAAGGGCUGGCAACCAAAGGAGGACGGAAUUCAUGUUCGAGAGGAAUUUCAUCUCAAAGAUGAGAGAAGGUAA